CCAGUCUGGGCAUCUGGGCUUUGGUGCUCGGCGGUCGCAUGGCGUAAUGUCCGUCUCCUCUCAUUCGCCAUAGGAACAUGUCACUGCAAGCACGUGUGGUCUGCCGAUGCUGGUGAGGGCGAAGGGGUGUGGUUCGGCUCGACGCGGUGCGGAAAUAUAUCAAAGCCUUCAAUUCAACCCUCCAUCCUCUGAGGCUGCUUUGGAGUCGUCUUCCAAUCGCUCAUCUUAAAGGCUCAAGGACAAAGGUAGUUCUCUGCAAUGCCGCUUCUCGACGCCUUCCGCGUCGUCCGCGACCAGACGCGUGAUCAGCGGAACUCGUUCCAGGCGAACAAUGGGAAGCUGGGAUGGCGGUUUCUGGACAUCUUCACGAGGAUGUGGGAUUUGGGGUUUACGGCAUUCGGCGGUCCGCCGGUUCACUUCCAGAUUCUGCAUCGCAGGUUUGUGGAAGGGGUGGGAGGCAAGACGAAGUGGAUUGAUGAGCAGACUUAUCAAGAGCUCUUCGCAAUAUGCCAGGCCCUUCCUGGACCCGGUAGCACCAAGAUGACUUUCUGCAUUGCCUUGAUCCAUGCUGGCUUUAUUCCGGCUCUGUUCGCUUUUGCGCUCUGGAGCUUGCCUGGUGCUAUUGGCAUGUAUGCUCUAUCUCUGGGUGUGCAGAAGAUGCCCGAAGUGCUUCCAUCUAUUGUCUAUGUCCUGCUCAGCGGUAUGAAUGCAAGCACUGUGGGUAUCAUUGCCUUGGCUGCCGUACAGCUGGCGGAAAAGGCCAUCACUGAUAAACUGACCCGCAUCCUGGUUAUUUUUGGUGCCUGUGCCGGCCUGUGCUAUAACGCGCUUUGGUACUUCCCGGUGCUCAUUGUCAUUGGCGGCAUCGUCACUGUGAUUUGGGACACCUGGUUGCGCCAACAAGUCGACAAGUUCAAGGCGAAACGCGAAAGGAAGCGAAGAGAGGCGACCAGCACCGAGCGUACCGCUGAAGAAAUUCAACCCAUUGAGAUGGUGGGCCGCGAAGGAAGCACCAGAGAGGGCGCUGAAGGACUGCAAAGGAGGACCCCUGCACCCGGUGAGAAAGAGGGCGUGUCUGGCCGCAAUACACCGAACAACAACGGGGCGGUGUCAACUGAGACUCGCGACAGCGUGAGCGGGAGUGAGACUUCUGCUGCUCCUGCUGUCGCCGACAUGAACACCCAUGCCAUCUCUAUCAAGGUCGGGAUCUCAAUCAUCAUCGCGUUCUUCAUUAUCCUCAUCGUCAUUCUCGUCCUCCGCGGCACCCUCAAAUCCCGCCCCCUAACCUUGGACCUCUUCGCCAACCUCUUCCUCGCCGGCACCAUCAUCUUCGGCGGCGGGCCCGUCGUCAUCCCUCUCCUGAGCGCCUACGUUGUCGAGCCCGGUUGGGUAUCAUCGCGAGACUUCCUGCUCGGCCUCGCCAUCAUCCAGGCCUUCCCCGGCCCCAACUUCAACUUUGCCGUCUAUCUCGCUGCUCUCGCCAUGGCACCCACGAACGUGCACACUGUCUUCGGCGCCAUGCUCGGCUUCGUCGGCAUCUUCACCCCAGGCAUCACCCUCGCUGUGGGCGUGCAAUCCCUGUGGCGUGUCCUCAGGACCAAGCCUCCCGUCAUCGCUUUGCUCAGGGGUAUCAAUGCCACGGCCGUCGGACUUGUCUUCACUGCCGUCUACCGGCUCUGGGAGAUUGGUUACCUGACGCCGCAAGCGACGAGGGGGAAGUCACUUGCUAGUGAGCCUUGGUGGGUCGUCGUGGCUGCGGUGACGUAUGCGGAGACGGCGUGGUUCAAGGUCCCGCCUGCGAUGGCCAUUGUACUUGGGUCCGUGUUGGGGUUGGCGUGGUAUGGCGCUGUCGGGAGGUAGCAGAUGAGACUCCAGACGGGUUAUUUUCGACGUUAUUGUCGAGGCGAUGGCGUCAUACUUUCACUGUAGGAAUAUAGAACACAUGGCGCCAUGCUUGGGCAUGUGAAAUUACUUUCUGCGAUCAUAUUCUACUUGUUUCGAUACAUCUGGAUACGUAAGGAGGGUUGUACUUGUACAUGUGAUUAAAAUUACCUAUAUAGCUCUAUGCCUC